AUGCAGGCCGAAUCAAAGGUGAACAAGCUGCUUUGGUCAUUGAGAUCAGCACAGGCACCCCGCCGUAGACCUGGUGCCCCAAUCUCACCGUAUGACUCGUCGUUACCGGCUUUCCUCUCUGCAUGGGAUCUGGAUUCGUUCGACCCUGCAGCGUUGGUAACUGGGCCGUCUUCUGAACUUCCAUCAGGUCCUAAGCCACCUCCAAGCUGGGAACGCCAUCGUGGUAAUCUCAACGCGCACAAACAUACACCCCAAUGGAGAAAAGAGGCACUGUCGCUGUCAAUGAAGGAGGCACAAUUUGAGGGUGGACUUUUGACCGAUCUGAUUUGGGACUUUGAUAAAUCUCUAGCGCACCCACAGAGAUUCCCUUCACUCCGCCAUCUCUGUCUUCUUCGAUUUGUUGCCUCAGACCUCACAACAAUGUACCCCUCGAAAUACGUUUCAUCACUCCCACCUCACAUCCGGCUUCUGAUCGCUCGCUAUGCUGCGAUAUUUUCGCCUCUUGGUCCCCGAGCCUCAAAAGCAGUCUGGGGUUCGGAUCGGCAUACUCUCGGGGAGGUUAUUCUGGUGGGUCGUUCGCAGACAUCUCGGGGAAUACAUUGGAAAGACAUAGAAGAUAUAUCCAAAACUCUCUUUGGAGAUCCUUCUUCUGGAACCAUUUUAGAUACCCCAGACAACUGGUCGUGGGACGAUGUAGAUCAAUCCGACAUGCCGUUUCCCUCCAGACGAGCAGAAGAUGACAGAGAACCCCUCACGACGCUGAUCACUCUUCAUAUGUCUCUGUCUGAUGCUUUUUUUACCUACUUACCUCACACCCUUCUUCAUUUAUCGCUCAUCUCAUUAUCAUCUACAACCACUUUACCUUUCCGCCUUCUCAUGCGUACCCUGCCGCUUUUGCAUACUUUUGACAUUUCACACAAUCCAGAUCUCAUGCACUUUGAUCAGAUUGCUGCGCUGCCGUGGCAGUCAAAAUGGAAAGACAUGAAGAUGCUCGGGAUGCGAUCCUGUUGGGCAUCAGAGGAGGCGAAAAGGUGCCUCAAAGCAAUAAAUGGGAAACGCCCAGGAAGAUGGAUUGAGGUAGUUUUGUAUCCCCUGUUACCGACGUGA